UCUGGACACAAUGGGGUCUGGCAGUCGGGCUGGGCAGGGGCGGGAAUCCAGGCACCCCACCUUGCCUUCCCGGCCGGGAGCCACAAAAACAGGUUAGUGCAUCAACUUUGGGGCCCCCUCCGGGCACCGGGGCUCCGACCCCACCCCUCACCUUGGUGUCCUCGACCCCAUGUCCUUAAAACAUCCCGGCGCCCCAAAACCCCAGGGAAUUCCUUUCCCACAGGAUUGAGACCAAACUUUGCGCGUUCACACACCCCUACUGGACUCGUUCUGGGGGCCGGGGCGAGAGCUAGGCCUCCCCCGCCCGCCCCCAGCAGGGCCGGGAAAGCUCGGGUGUGUUUCCCCGGCUCCUGGGAUACAGGAUGGGCCCCGCCCCCGGAUCGCGAGAAGCGGCAGCGGUGGGUGGAGGGGCCGGGGCCGCCACCUUCUGUCCACAGGUACCGCAGGCCCUGAGCGCACCCCACCCCCGCGCGCUAUGGGCUCGGACGUCUGGGUCGGCCCUUGGCGGCCCCACCGGCCCCGCGGCCCCAUCGCAGCGCUCUACAGAGGCCCGGGGCCCAAAUACAUGCUGCCACCGAACACGGGUACCGGCGUCGGGCGGGUGUAGACAGACGGGGCCAGCGAGGCUACGUCCUGCACGACCCGUCGCGGCCCCGCGCCCCGGCCUUCUCCUUCGGCGCGCGCCUGCCCACGCAGCAGACUUCCUGCGGCCCGGGGCCCGGCCACCUGGUUCCUGCACACAUAACCGUGCGCGGCCGCGACGGCACCCCCGCCUACUCCAUCUACGGCCGCCCCCGCCACGCAGCGCCGCUCCUCACUCCCGGACCGGGUCAGGACCCCUGGGACCCCGGUCUCCCCAACGCCGCGCCGCCUCCAGAAAGGCCCGCCCGGGAAUCCCCCGCCUGAGCCCCGAGCCGCCCUCGCGUACCCUACUACUCCAAACUCGCUACCCCCGUACCCGCAUCUCGGAAGAACUCCAAGCCCCACCAGGCUUUGACAAAUCGUGGCUCGGAGUCACCCUAACCUCAGGCCCCCAACCCGGGACCCCACCACGCCCCCAACCCGGUUCCGGCCCACACCCCCGGUCCGCCCCGCAGGCAGGUACUUCCCCGAGCGAGCCGGGAACGCGACGUACCCCAGUGCGCCUCGGCACACCAUCGCUCCCCGAAACUGGGGCGCCCACGCGAAGCAGCAGACACCAGGCCCUGCGACCUACACUGUGCCCUCGCUCUUGGGUCCGCGCGUCAUCGGUAAAGUCUCGGCCCCAACUUACUCCCUCUACGGCCGCAGCGCAGUGGGCAGUUUCUUCGAGGACCUCAGCAAGGUGGGGCGGGGCUGCCAGGCGGGCUUGUAGCGAGGGGUCGGCGGGGCAGGCCACAGGGGGCACGAAGCAGGAGGUGAGGGCCAGUGGCCAGCGGGGAGUGGAGGCCGGACCCAGCGCCCCUGCCGCCCUCCCACAGACCCCGGGCCCCUGCGCCUACCACGCGGUGAACACUGGGAUCUACAAGUCUCGGGCCCCCCAGUUCUCCAUGCUGGCGCGGACUUCGCUCCCCCAAGAUAACACCCUGAAUCCCGGGCCCGCAGCCUACAACGUGGACCAGGUGGCCUGGAAGCCCGGGCCCAGGGUCAGAGGCGGGGGAGGAGGGUCCGGGUCCUGGGGGCCCCCGCGCGGCGGCCGGACGGCUGGCCCCCGCGGGGUCACCCUGAAUCCUGGUCCCGCAGCCCCGGAAACCCCGCGGCUGGAGCUUCGGGAUCCGGCACUCGGACUACGUGGCUCGGGUCCCGACCAAGGCGGACGACUGACCGGCCGGGAGGGCGCGGCCCGACGGACGUUUGCUUAAAGCUUCCCGAACCA